AUGCCUUCGGAUCACGGUCACAGACGUGAGUACACUCUCCACCCCCUGAGUGUUGGAUUGGGUAUUGCGGGGAAUGGUUGCGAGUCCGCUGCGGGUCGGCACCUGAGCUACCAGCGUGGAAAGCGAGCCACCAACCCCAACACAAGUCUUAUCAAACUUGAGGGAGUUGAAGAUAUCAAAGCCGCCAACUUCUACCUCGGAAAGAAAGUAGCAUUCGUCUACCGGGCCAAGCGUGAGGUUCAGGGUUCUAAAAUCAGAGUUAUCUGGGGCAAGGUCACACGGACUCACGGCAACUCGGGCGUUGUCCGCGCACAAUUCAGACACAAUCUCCCCCCAAAGUCCUUCGGUGCCAGUGUGCGAGUGAUGUUGUACCCAUCGUCCAUUUAAGCGUUGAUUGAGACCAGGGCUGGGGUCGGGUUUGGUGUUGGGUGUUGGAGCGGUGUGCAGUCGUGGGAUUUUGUGGGGCAAAUGUCUGGGGAAAGAUUUUUUUUAAACAAAAAAAAAAACAACAAAAAGGGGGAGGUCUGAGGACGGAAAGGCUGAAACGGUAUGGAUGUCAGGAGGCGGUUUUUGAAAAACGGCAAGAGACCAAAUUAAAAAGGGGCGAUGGAAAACGGAGGACAUACGGGAGGGAGGAAGAAUGAGGGGUUGGAGGAGGGGCUGAAUGAGGGUCGCAUCGGGGUUCAAGAUGGUCCUUAUUUUGCCCUUUGUCCACCCUUUUUUUUUCAUCUUUCCUACCACUCUCUUUCCCCCCUUUGAUGUCGUUGUUGCUUUCCCCUGGCAGCAACAGCACCACCAUGAAAAGAAAAAAUCUGCAUAGAAAAGGGCCGGCGACUCGCCUGUGACCACAUGUUUUUUUAUCUGCGCUUGACAUGUUAUCAUUUUUACUUUUUUUCCUUUCCAAUCAAGUUGACAGUAUCUGUUCCAACUGACCACCCAGUCGUCUUUCCCCCGCCUCUUUCCCUCCAUCACAUG